UUCGAAUGAUUCGAGAUGUUUCCAUGUUUCGGUGGAAACGUGGUACAACAAUCAGCAAGAAAGAAGUUUUGACGAUUGAUUUGUUGCGACUGAUCGUAAAAAAGGACAAAUUGUUAUAUUUUUGUGCGACGUAAUUGUAAUAAACAAUGACGGAAGAGGAACAAUAUGAUGGAAUGUUGUUGGCUUUAGCGCAACAACAUGAAGGCGGUGUACAAGACUUAUUAGAUACUAUCUUCAGUUUUCUAUCGAGAAAAACAGACUUUUAUACUGGCGGUGGCGAAGGAGCAGCUGAAAAACUUGUGAUGAGCAAGUUUAAAAAACAUCAAGCUAAUGCUUUAGCUAAAGCUGCUUCUGAGAAAGCAGAAAGAGCAGAGCAGGAGAGACGACGCAAGGAAAGACUUGAAAAGAAAAGAAAGGAGGAAGAAGAAAAAGCGGCAGAAGAUCAAGAAAUAGAUAAUGAUUCUAGAAUAGUUGAGUUAACAGAUGAACAGGCUGUUAAAUUACAAAAAGAAAUAGAUAACAAGAAAAUGGCACAAGAAAGUGCUGUUCCAGGACCUAGUGGGAAUCAUAAGAGCGAAGCGAAAGAUAAAUCUAGUGUUGAAGAAGAAGAUGCUCAAGAUGAAGAGGACGAAAAAGAAAAAAAUAAAUUGAAACCCAACAGCGGCAAUGGGGCUGAUAUGCCAAAUUAUAGAUGGACCCAAACUCUGGGAGAAGUAGAGAUUCGAGUUCCAUUAAAGAUCAACUUUUCGGCCAGACCGAGAGACUUGGCAGUGACGAUCACGAAGAAGCAUCUGAGCUGCGGACUGAAGGGCCAUCCGCCUAUUCUCACCGGGGAUUUCCCGCACGAGGUCAAACUUGAGGAGUCCACUUGGGUAAUUGAAGACGGAAAAGUACUAUUGAUUAAUCUCGAAAAGAUUAACAAAAUGCAGUGGUGGGCACACGUUGUAACGAGCGAACCAGAAAUCAGCACAAAAAAAGUAAAUCCCGAACCUAGCAAGCUUUCCGAUCUCGAUGGAGAAACGAGAGGUUUGGUGGAGAAAAUGAUGUACGAUCAGAGACAGAAGGAGCUGGGACUUCCGACGUCGGAUGAACAAAAGAAACAGGACGUUAUUAAAAAAUUUAUGGAACAACAUCCCGAAAUGGAUUUCUCGAAAUGUAAAUUUAAUUAAGUUUAGAAGAUAAGUUUUCUCACGUAAAAAUACAUGCUUAAUGAUAUUAUAGUACUUUAUAUCGAUACCGUUAUUAAGAUCGGAUCUCCUCGCUGGUCGUUAUUAGGAUGUAGCUUGCGAUCUUCUGUACCGAAGAAGCUGCGUGUGUUCGCAAGAUCGAUACGCGCUUCGAAGUCUGCAGAAGAUGGCAGCACAAUGUUAGAUUAUAGCGUCGAAUUACAGAACUCUUCCAAUAACGGAACUUCUGCCCAUUCGAAAUGUUGCUUCAAGAUUGCCUUAUAAUCUCAUCGGUUUUCUUAUACAGUUUACUUACCCGCAUAUUUCGAAGAUGUAAACUGUCAUGAAUCACGCAGUACACACUCAAGUUUUAUUUCUACGUUUUGUAUCUUGUUUCUUAUUGUCAUUGAUCGAAUGCAAUACGACGA